UGCUUUGCUCUUCUCUCUUUAUCCUUUCAAAAACCCUCUCUUAUAUUCUAAAGCCCCUUCCUCUCUUUUUUCUUAUCAUCCGAAACAAAGAUAAAACAAAACUUUGAGUUUUCUUAUAAGCUUACAGAAAGAGAGAAAAAAAAAAGAUGAUGUAUUCGUUGUUUAGCCAAUGAUUACUAAUUAGCUGACCACUUCGAGAGAUUUAAAAACAAAAACGAGAGAGAGAACAAAGAGAUACAUUAUAGAAAGAAAAGAAGAAUGAAGUCCUUUUGUGAUAAUGAUGAUAAUAAUCAUGGCAACACGACUAAUUUGUUAGGGUUUUCUUUGUCUUCAAAUAUGUUGAAAAUGGGAGGAGGAGAAGCUCUUUACUCAUCUUCCUCUUCUUCAGCUGCUACAUCUUCUGUUCCACCACAACUUGUUGUUAGUGAUAACAGUAGCAACUAUGGAGUUUGCUAUGGAUCUAACUCAGCAGCUGGGGGAAUGUAUUCUCAAAUGUCUGUGAUGCCACUCAGAUCUGACGGCUCUCUUUGCUUAAUGGAAGCUCUCAACAGAUCUUCUCACUCAAAUCAGCAUCACCAUUCUCAAGUUUCACCCCCAAAGAUGGAGGAUUUCUUUGGGACCCAUCACAACAAUACAAGUAACAAAGAAGCCAUGGAUCUCAGCUUAGAUAGUUUAUUCUACAAUAGCACUCAUGAGCCAAACAGCAACACAAACUUUCAAGAGUUUUUUAGCUUCCCACAAGCCAGAAACCACCAUGAGGAAGAAACAAGAAGUUACCAGAAUGACCCUGGUUUGACACAUGGAGGAGGUUCCUUUAAUGUAGGGGUAUAUGGGGAAUUUCAACAGUCACUGAGUUUGUCCAUGAGCCCUGGGUCACAAUCUAGCUGCAUCACUGGCACUCACCACCACCAAAACCAAAACCACCAAACUCAAAACCACCAUCAGAUCUCUGAAGCUUUGGUGGAGACAAGUGUUGGAUUUGAGACAACAACAAUGGUGGCUGCUGCCAAGAAGAAGAGAGGACAAGAUGAAGUAAUGGUUGUUGGACCGAAACAGAUUGUUCACAGAAAAUCUAUUGACACUUUCGGACAACGAACUUCUCAAUACCGAGGCGUUACAAGACACAGAUGGACUGGUAGGUAUGAAGCUCAUCUAUGGGACAAUAGUUUCAAGAAGGAAGGUCAUAGCAGAAAAGGAAGACAAGUUUAUCUUGGAGGUUAUGAUAUGGAGGAGAAAGCUGCUCGAGCAUAUGAUCUAGCUGCACUCAAGUACUGGGGUCCCUCUACUCACACCAAUUUCUCUGUGGAGAAUUAUCAGCAAGAGAUUGAGGACAUGAAGAACAUGACUAGACAAGAAUAUGUUGCUCACUUGAGAAGGAAAAGCAGUGGUUUCUCUAGGGGUGCUUCCAUCUAUAGAGGAGUCACAAGACAUCACCAGCAUGGAAGGUGGCAAGCUCGGAUCGGUAGAGUCGCCGGAAACAAAGAUCUCUACCUUGGAACUUUUGGAACUCAAGAAGAAGCUGCGGAAGCCUAUGAUGUAGCAGCUAUCAAGUUCCGUGGCACAAACGCUGUGACUAACUUUGAUAUAACAAGGUACGACGUUGAUCGCAUAAUGGCUAGUAACACACUCUUGUCUGGAGAGUUAGCUAGAAGGAACAUCAACAGCAUCGUGGUUCGCAACAACAACAACAACGAAGAAACCGCUGUUAACGCUGUCGUGGACGGUGGUUCCAACAAAGAAGUGAGUAGUCCGGAGAGAGUUUUGAGUUUUCCCGCGAUUUUUACGUUGCCGCAAGUUGGUCAGAAGGUGUUUGGCGCAAAUGUGGUAGGAAACAUGAGUUCUUGGACUACGAACCCUAAUGCUGAGCUCAAGGCCGUUUCGCAUACUUUGCCUCAGAUGCCGGUGUUCGCUGCGUGGGCCGAUUCUUGAUCCAAUCUAAAUUCCUUACUAUGGUUUUCUCGGUUUAGUUGCCAAGUGUUUCAGUUUAUCUACGGUUUUACCCGGUUUGAAUUAAAAUUCAGUUUAGUUUAUCGGUAUAAAUAGUCUUUUCUUAGGACCGGUAUAUGUUUCUUUUGAGUAGUAUUCAUGUGAAACAGAAUGAAUCUCUCUAUAACAUAUGAUUUCAAUGAACUUAUUUCUAUAA